AUGAUGAGGCGAAAAGACUUUUAAAUUCUUCUCAGCCUAGGGGACAAGUUCUUAGCAGCUUGAUAAAGCUCAAAGAUAGUGGUCGUAUAAAAGGAUUGAUCGGUUGGGUAACCUUUGGUGUCAUUGAUGAUAAAUACGUUGUUGCGAUUUCAAUUGCCUGUCCUGCAUUGAACAAUAUCGUAGUUGAUUCUAUUGAAGUUGAACAAACUUGUAUAGAAUACCUUAAAAAGAAGAUUUAG